GUGUGCGUAUUGGCCAUGAGAAUAACGUCAUUUUUGUUGUGUUAAAUCCAUUUCCAUUACUCUAAUAUUUAAAGACUAUUUGGAUAUUUUAACUAUAAAUAUUAGUUUGUUACAUACAACUUUGAUUGUGUUUUAUAAUGAAAGUAAUAAAUAAAUCCUCUCAGCCAGAGUUCAGGGAAACCCCUAAACUUGCCAUAAAAUGAAACUGAAAGUGAAUGAAACUAAAAUGCUCUCACAACAGAGCAGGUCGUAUUUGGAAGACUGCAGCUGAAAGAUGGCUGGAAACCCUGUGACAACAUUUCACAAAGCCUUAGCUUUAGUUUUAUCUGUUAUUGUGGAUCUUUUCUUCUUUUACGCAACAGGGUUUGUUGUUGUUCACAGCGCGUUUGGGCAUCUCGCGCGUCUGUGGGUCUUUGCAGCUCUGCGAUGGUCUGUAAUUAUUGUUACAGCGCUCCUCGUCCUGGGAGACCUCAAACCGCUGCUGAUUCGUUUUACAACGGCUCACAGUCUGCUUCCAGCCGUGUUGGAGAGCGGAAACUGGGCUCUUUCCCUCGAGGAGAGCCAGUGUAGCCGGGUGGUGGAUGUGCGCUGCUGGCUCAUGUUUGCAGGAGCGUCGCUCGGAGCUGCGCUCUUCUGGGAGUUCACCAUCCCGGACAGCGAUGAAGAGGCUGAGGGUAAAGAGCAGAAACAGAAAUCCAGAGUUCUGUUCAAGAGAGUCCUUUACCUUCACUAUCCUGAUUACCUCCUGCUGCUGGGAGGUCUGGUGUUUCUGACUCUGGCUGUCAUCUGUGAGAUGUUCAUCCCAUUCUACACAGGCAGAGUCAUUGACAUUCUUGGAAGUAAUUACCAACAGAAUGAAUUUCUCGCUGCACUUCUCUUCAUGGGUCUGUACUCGUUGGGAAGUUCAGUAAGUGCUGGCUGCAGAGGGGGUGUCUUACUUUGUGCCAUCAGCUCAGUUACAUGCAGAAUCAAAGUGAUGCUGUUUAAGGCUUUGACUGAACAGGAAAUUGGAUUUUUUGAAAUCAUAAAGACAGGUAAGGUUGUGAAGCAACACAAAGAAAGAAAACAGAAAGACAAAAUGAGAAAGGAUUUUCUGAUUUUCUGUGCAGGUGAAAUCACAUCCAGAUUGUCCAGAGACACCACCCUGACAGGAGAAACAGUAUGUUUGAACGUCAACGUGUUGCUGAGAACUUUCAUCAAGACAGUUGGCAUGAUCUCCCUGAUGAUGUCUCUGUCAUGGAAGCUCACCUUCCUUGUACUGAUGGAGACACCCAUCACUGGUCUCAUACAGAACAUCUAUGACAAACACUACCAGAGGUUGUCCCAGGCCAUGCAGGACUCAAUAGCUCAUGCAAAUGAUGCCGCAAAUGAGGUUGUGUUUGGAAUUCGUGUGGUUCGAAGUUUCAACACAGAAAAGCAUGAAGCUGAUCGUUAUGAUAAACGAUUAAUGGAAACACACAGUCUGAAAACCCACCGGGACACUGUGAGGGCUAUUUACUUGCUCGCACGGAGGUGUACAGGUUUGGGGAUGCAAGUCUUAAUUUUGUAUUAUGGCAGACUUUUUAUCCAGAUGGGACAGAUGACCAUCGGAAACCUGGUUUCUUUCAUCAUCUAUCAGUCAGAUCUUGGAGACAAUAUCAGGACAAUAACAUAUAUUUUUGGUGACAUGCUGAACUCAGUGAUGGCUGCUGGAAAAGUGUUUGAGUAUCUGGACAGAAAACCUCAGAUCAGCACAGAUGGAAAUCUCAAACCGGAUCAGCUGAAAGGACACAUCAGCUACCAGGGUCUUAACUUCGCCUAUCCUUCAAACCCAGACAAAACCGUGCUGCAGGACUUUUCCUUGGAGUUGAAGCCAGGUCAGAUGACAGCUCUGGUUGGUCCAUCUGGAGAAGGAAAAAGCACCUGUGUGAGUCUGUUGGAGCGAUUAUAUGAGCCUCAGCAUGGAGAAAUCUUACUGGACGGGGAGCCACUGAAAUCCUACGAUCAUCACUUCUUCCACAAGAAGAUUGCUGUGGUGAGCCAGGAGCCGGUUCUCUUCUCCGGCUCUGUCAGAGAUAAUAUCACCUACGGGCUAACUGGCUGCUCAUUGGAUGAGAUUCAGGAAGCGGCACGUAAAGCCAACGCCCAUGAAUUUAUUCAACAAUUAAAGAAAGGCUAUGAUACAGAGGUGGGUGAGAGUGGUGGUCAGUUAUCUAAAAGUGAGAGGCAGAGGAUCGGCAUCGCUCGAGCUCUGAUCAGACAACCGAAGGUCCUCAUUCUGGAUGAAAUAACCAGCUCUCUGGACUCUGAGAGUGAAAACAAGAUUCAGCAGGCCUUGGCGAGCUGCCCUGAUCAGACUCUCCUGGUGAUCGCUCACAGACUGAAGACCAUCGAGACGGCAGAUCAGAUUGUUGUGAUCAGUGGAGGGAAAGUUAAGGAGCGGGGGACUCACCAGCAGCUGAUGGAGCUGAAGGGGAGCUACCAUAAACUGAGAGAGGAGCUGUUCAGUGAGGGACGCUCAACUUUAUGAACCACUGAGGGUCACCUGUGCUGAAAAUGUAGCUGAAAAUGAUGUGAAAGAAAAGUUCUGAAUGACUGUGAUGCAGGUUUUGUUUUUAUUGACAUAGUUUUGUAUGAGAAAUGAAGAGUUGAAAUGUUUUAUUUAUGAGGGAAAAAUGUGGAUCAAAUUUAAUUUGUUUCUGUGACAGAUUUCUCUUUAUAAUUUGAUUUUUUUUUAAAUUUCACAUUCCGGUAUCUAAUAAAACAUUAAUAAAUGUUUAACACAACAGGUCACUGCUUCCACUAUAAAUGUUAAUUUAUAAUCAGAGGGAACAAAGGUUGUUUUAUGGAUGAUGUGUCUCAAAUAAAAGAUUUUAUCAACAGCUUGAAUCUGAUUGUAUUUACUGAAACUGCUUUUUAUUACAUUUAUUGCUUAUUUAUAAAGAUAAAACUGAAUAAUUAUGGAUAACAAAGGCUUUUUGAAACUCAUAAUUAGUUUUUUUCCCUCCAUAAAUUCAACAGAACAAUUAUAUUUUCCACUUUGUAAUUGUCCAGUGACAAUUACAAACAUAAUGUUUAAUCCUUAUUUGUGUUUUCUGAGCAUGGUGACUGAGUUUAUAGUUUUGUACCCACUUAUCAGAAUCAGUUCUGUUUAUUGUAAUUCUGGUUUAAAGCUACUGGACUGGAUUUUGAUUCUGUAAAUGAAAAUGAAAUAAAUGUUGAUGCAUCAGAAUGCAGAGGUUCUGGGUUGGGUUUUAUUGUCUUGAACUGACCUGGAAAGUCCCCGACUAUCAACAACGUUUUUCAUUUGGCAGAAAUGCAGUUUGGAAAGUUGCCCGUUGGUUAGUUUGUCAAAACACCACCUCCCUCUAUCGACUAAGAUCAAACUAUGUACCGGCGGCGUUUGACGCCAUUUUGUCACAAAGGCUCUGAUUCUACAAAAUGGAGGCUGAGGGUGCGUGUCAAGGGUUUAUUUCUCUCAUAUUCUGGAAACAGCAACGUAUCAUCAGAUAAAUCAAGUUCUUAAUUACAUUUUUUUUCUUUCAUUUACUGCAGAUG